CGUUCUCCUCCUUCUUCUCCUCUGCGCAAUUAGCAUAUUAAUCAGCGCCCGGAUCGGAUUCGGAGCCGAUCGGAGCGCGUAGUCGGCUCGCGCACGGCGAGGCCAACGCAACCCAGCCCAGCCUUGGACUUGCUGACGGGCUCUGCAAGAGUGGAAUCCGGCUGCCCCGCUUGUUGCGGCUCCUGCGCUUCCCAGCGGGGAGGCCCCGCGAUUGGGGGCGGCCUUGCCCAAGGGCUGGGACCGGGGUCUCUCCCAGGGCGGCGGAUGCCAGGGCCCCGCCGAGCGGGCACAUCGCACCUCCCCUGCGCCAGGCCGGGCAUGUGAAGAUGUCAGUGGGCUGUGCAUGCCCAGGCUGUUCCUCUAAGUCAUUCAAGCUGUACUCUCCAAAGGAGCCCCCAAACGGCAACGCCUUUCCCCCCUUCCACCCAGGCACUAUGCUGGAUCGAGAUGUUGGACCAACUCCUAUGUAUCCACCAACAUACCUGGAGCCUGGGAUUGGGAGGCACACACCAUAUGGCAACCAGACAGACUACAGGAUAUUUGAGCUCAAUAAGCGUCUGCAAAACUGGACAGAGGAAUGUGACAAUCUGUGGUGGGAUGCCUUCACCACUGAGUUCUUUGAGGAUGAUGCUAUGUUAACAAUCACCUUCUGUUUGGAAGAUGGACCAAAGAGAUACACGAUUGGCCGCACCCUGAUCCCCCGCUACUUUCGCAGCAUCUUUGAAGGGGGUGCUACUGAGUUAUAUUACGUCCUCAAGCACCCCAAGGAAUCUUUCCACAACAACUUUGUGUCACUUGACUGUGACCAGUGUACCAUGGUCACCCAGCAUGGCAAGCCCAUGUUCACCCAGGUGUGUGUGGAGGGCCGCCUCUACCUGGAGUUCAUGUUUGACGACAUGAUGAGGAUAAAGACGUGGCACUUCAGUAUCCGGCAGCACCGGGAGCUCAUUCCCCGCAGCAUCCUUGCUAUGCAUGCACAAGAUCCCCAGAUGCUGGACCAGUUGUCCAAGAACAUCACCCGAUGUGGACUUUCAAACUCCACACUCAACUACCUCCGACUUUGUGUAAUUCUAGAACCAAUGCAGGAGCUGAUGUCACGGCAUAAGACUUACAGCCUCAGUCCCCGGGACUGCCUCAAAACAUGCCUCUUCCAGAAGUGGCAGCGCAUGGUCGCACCACCAGCUGAGCCUGCACGUCAGCAACCCAGCAAGCGCCGGAAAAGGAAGAUGUCUGGGGGCAGUACCAUGAGUUCUGGUGGUGGCAACACCAACAACAGCAACAGCAAGAAGAAGAGCCCAGCCAGCACCUUUGCCCUCUCCAGUCAGGUACCUGAUGUGAUGGUGGUGGGAGAGCCGACCCUGAUGGGCGGGGAGUUUGGUGACGAGGACGAGCGCCUGAUCACGCGGCUGGAGAACACACAGUUCGACGCCGCCAAUGGCAUUGAUGACGAGGACAGCUUCAACAACUCUCCUGCACUGGGUGCCAACAGCCCCUGGAACAGCAAGCCCCCCUCCAGUCAGGAGAGCAAGUCUGAGAAUCCGACGUCGCAAGCAUCGCAGUAAAGCCCCCCCCAUCCGCUGCCCAGCUGGGCCUUGACCUGACUGGGCUGGUGCCCCCAUGAACUGAGCUGAAACCUUUCUACCUGGACAAUUUGUGAAGAAGCCUGGCUGGCUGGCUGGCAAGAGAUCGGGGCCAGUGGGCACCGCGGCACCAUUCUGCCCACCUGCCUGCCUGCCUGCAGCUGGCUCAGCCACCACUCCCUGCGGUCUGCACUCUCGGCUGUGCCCCUUUGGGCAGACUUGGGGUUCUGGGCCUAGUGGAGCCUGGAUCUCCCCCUCGCCCCAGCAGAAUUUUAAUUCCUCCUCCCUCCUCUCCCUCCCCAUUCCUGCAUCCACAGUCCUGGACUCCACCAGCCGCACUGCUGUGGGAUGGUGUUCCCUGUUCGUUAUGCAGCCCCGGGGGCCUGGCAGGUUUGCUUGAUUGGCAAGGAACACCUCCAGAGGGAGCAAGGGCUAGUGCUCAGGGAGAUUUUGCAGAACCUCUGCCCUGAGCACGUCAUCAGUCCAGUUCCAUAAUCAGCCUCCAGGGGGCUCCCUCCCAUCAGGAAAGUAGAACCCCUUGGGACUCGCACUGGGGGCAGCUGGGAUCCUUGCGGGGUGGGUCUGAGGCAGUCCCUCCCGGCCGCUGCAGGUGUGGCGAUGCAAUUUCUCCUGCUCUACCGGAAGAACCCAGAAAGGCCGUGUGGGGAGGGGUGGAGUGGGAUUUUGGCACCUACUGGAAUGUGGUUAGAAAACUCCCCUGCAGUGGACGUGGAAGAGCUUGUGCCCUUUCAGCCUGAGUUUUUGCGUCAGGCCAGCCUUCUGCCCUGCCUGCUCCUACAGAAAACUGCAAUCCUGACCCUCCCCCCAGUACUUUGGUUUUAUUUGGGGUUUUAUUUUGUUUUUUAAAAAAUAUUAUUAUUAUUAUUAAAAAUGUAAGUUUAAAAAAAGAAAAAGAAAGAAUCUGCCCUCUUUCCCUAUUUUUCCCAAUCCUGAUUUUUGUACAGGCUUGUCUACCAAUUGGAAGUCUUGGUUUUUAUAUACAGUUCUGAGAGCUUCAAACCAAGGAGAGACUUUGCAGACUUCCUUUAUACAAUCCUUUGAGGACAGCAUGGCUGCCCAAUUUUGCCCCCUCUGUAUAACUUGUGUGUGCUGCUUCCCCUGCCCCACCCUUCUCGACCACCCCACCCCCCUUUCUGGUUUGUGUACCUCGUGCUUGUAUAUUUCUGCGCUGUAGGCCGUGUGUAUGAUACUGUUCUUUCACUGUGUUCUCACUAAUGCAGCCACCUGCUCCUCCCACCCCAGGUUAGUGCGGUUGGGGAUGCUCGUUGUGCUGGGCAUCCUUCUUGAGAGACAGGAGAGCCACCAGGUUACAGCCUUGCAGAAUGUGGGGAACGGGGCUGACAACAGGACCUCUUAAGAAACAUAAUCCAGGGACGGGGAGAGCAUGUGUUUUGUAAAGAUGGAGGGUCUCUUUCUCCAUGAUGGAAUGUUGUUCUAGGAGUCCGUUUUAGAGCCAGACUUCUCCUCCUUUUGGAUGGGAAAUAGGAAUGAGAGGGUUCACAAGGUCCUCAAGGAAGCAGGAGCUUUUCUUAAACCCACCCACUCUCCUCUCCAGAGCUUGGUUGUCACUGUUGUUCUGCAGGUCCUACUCAAGUUUUAUUCCAUGUACCAUGGAAAAAAGGCCCUUUUUUGUUACUGAGGCCUCAAAGCAGCCAUGAGUUAGCCAUGGCCCUCCAUUUUUGAAAGAGACAUGCAGAAUAUUGUGAGGUAUUUUGGCCACUUCAUGGCAUGGACUUGACUGUGAGGGUCAUGGCACUCAGGGGACACGAUCUGGACUGUCCUGGCAACCGCCCCUCUGCCUUACUUGUUCUAUCCUCUGACUGCAAGGAUACUUUCUUUAGCAGGAUCGUUGCCAUCCAUUUGUCCUAGAGCUGCUGUGUCUGGCCCGUUCUUGCUCUACAGUGGUUUGUUUGCCACUAGGGCAUUGAUUUCCACCUAACUUUCUGGAAUCCCAGAAAUUCUCCUUUCCUCUGGAAGAGCCCAGCUGGAUUAAACUGAAACUGAAAUCUUCAUGGGGUAGGGGUGGGGCUGGUCACUUUGUGUUACUGGGCCCAGAUGCUCUGUGCUGCUUCACCCACUGGGAGCAGGCAGCACAACAGUCAAUAUUAUCAUUUACAGGGCGGGUUUUUUUUUCCUGUAACCUUUUUGUACUUAAAGAUAAGAGUGUCACGUCCCCCAUUGCUGUGGCUCGGCAUGAACUGGUGACGUGUGCUCUGUCUCCUCUCCCCACUUUUACUCCCCACUUUCCACCUCUUCCCACCCCCAUCUGGGGCACUGUAAAGCCUUUUUUUUUGCAUAGUUUGUGCCAUUUAUGGUCAUGUAUGGUACCAAUAAAACAACUUUUCGGUUUGGCGCUCUC